AUGUCUUGUAUUCACGUCAGUGACACUGGAACGACAAGACCAGAAAGCUGCGUAUUCGGCUUCUUUCUAGCUUGGACUGGCUUUAUGGCUGCAGCUGUUUUUUAUGUUCGAUUUAAACAAGUUCAUCUUACAUUAAAAGGAGAUGGAUGCUGUAAAGUCGUUAAUGACUUAGCAUUCUUAGUAGGUCUCCUGGCAAGUAUCGGAAUGGUAAUGGUUUCUGCUUUUCAGGAAUACUUAUAUCCCUUAACACACACCACAGUGCUAGCAAACUAUGCAACAUCGUAUAUAUUUGCAGAUGGUGUGAACCACUUGCAUUGGGUACCAGGAGAUGAUGGUUAUGUAAACCAUAUAUGCAGCACUAUAAGCGAAUGGAUAGUUGCUUUAACCUUCUUGCUUUUUAUCACAAGCUUCUACAAGGAGUUUAAAAGUUGUAAAUUUGAAUUUAAGGUCUGCCUUAAUAGAACUGAACAAUCUCCUAUUUUUGGCACCCCUCAAACUUACGGUACUAUCGAAGAAUCAGACAGUGUAAAGGAUGAGGCCAAUUUUUUAUUCUCUGUCAGUACUUCCUUUAAGAGAUCGUUACAGCAUCCUCGCGGCCAUAACACGCAAUAA